GUAAACUCUCGAGUCGCCGCCAACUCAACGACCCAAGCACGACGACAUGGGAGGCAAGAAGGCUAUCAAUCAGAAGGACAAGCUUGCGCAAGCCAAUGCGUCCUCUAGUGCGCGAGCGGUGCAAAGCCUCCUCAGCAGCAACAGCGCCUCCACGGGUUUCAUUGGGUUCUCGGCUUUUGCCACGGCUGCCCCGCCGCCUUCCGCCUCCGCCCCAGCCUCUGCCGCGACGCCAUCGAACACGUCGUCGUUUUCGUUUUACGACGGUCCCGACACGGAGCUCUCUCUCGCGCUCAAAAUGCUCGGGAAACGCGACGCGCAGACCAAAACCAAGGCGUUGACGACACUCAAGGACACUCUCAUUCCAUCGCGCAAGCCCGCCGACCUGCGACUCGCGGUCGGGCAGUUCUGCUACCUCUACGGCGCCAAGCUCAUGCUUGACAACGACCGUCGCGUCCGCCAGCUCGCCACCGAUGUCCUCGGCGCGCUCAUCGAUCGGCUCCCGAAGGGCACCGUGUUCCACAACCACAUGCAGCUGCUGCUGCCACCGUGGUACCUCUUAGCCAUGCACGACGUCCACACAGAGACGGCUAAGUGCGCCAAGCGGGCGUUCCUCGCGUUGCUUCCCACGGUCGAGGCCCAGACGGCGUUGCUGGCUGCCCAUGCCGAUCUGUUGCUGACCAACGUGCAAACGUACUUGGCAUUGACCGUCGAGUCGCUGGUCGACCGAGGGUUGUGUACGCCGGACGAAGCCGACGAGUGCUACGAGCGAUGUGUGACAUCGACGUUGCUGGGUGCCCGUGCCUUGCUCCUGCAGCCAUCAUCCUCUUCGAUCUUUCCCACCCACGUCGACCCCCAUACCUUUCAGCAAUUCCUCUCUAGUCUGGCCAAGUUUACGACCCUCACGUCCAAGAGCGCGACGUUUUCUAGGGCUAGCAUCCGCCACGCCACGUACGUCGUGCUCACGGCAGCUGCGACAUCGUGCCCAGAACUUCUCCGGUCGGCCAUCGACCCCAAAGUCGUGCUGGGGGUGGUAGGAGAGAAAUUUGCCGCCAACGUGCCCGCCACCUGGACGUUGGUGCUGACGUACCUGUCGUCGGCUGCUAAGUUGGACGAGGCGUUGUCGUGGACGUCGAUUCUGCCCGUCGUGCUGCCCAAGGUGAUUGCAGCUACCAAGCAUGCCAACUACGGUGCCACGUCAUCGCUGUCGAAUUUGCUGCCGUUCGUGUCGUUGUUGCCCAAAACUCAACCAGCGACGACGGGGUUUUACGUGGAUUUGUUGGCUGCGCUGUGCAAAUCCCUCGAGAGUCCGCACGUGGCCCAAGGCCAAACGCACGUUGUGACAGCGUUUGCCGAGUGUUUGUCGGCCAUGUGGACAAUCUUUCCAGCCGCCAUGUUUGCUCCCUUGUCCGACCAAGAACGCUCGUAUGUGACAUCGUUUGAACCGGUGGUCACCAGUGCGUGGACGAAAGCUUUUCUGACGGCGGCGAUGCCCGAUCGCUCGUUCCGAGUGUUUGUCGACUUGAUGGCGGCGUUGGUGCCGCGCUUGGCCGCGUACGCAGCCCGACAAGAAGACGACGACGUGGCGACGCUGGCCAUUGCGCUGUGCCAUCGCGCCCUCCAUGCUGCCCUCACCCGAGCCCUCGAUCACGAGACAGCGCAUACGAGGAUGCUUGAUACAUUGCGCGUACACAUCAAGGUUGCGUCGUCCUCUGCCUUGUCAAACAGCCCUUCCUCUUUGUGGACUCAAGACGAAGUGUUGGGUGCACCGCUCCUCGACAUAAUCCGGGCGUUGGUUCCCCAAGGUGCCGUGUACGCUGCCACGCCAUUGCACUGGCUUGGGCAACUGCUCGACCUCGUGGGGAUUUCGACGCUGUUCCCCAAUGUGAUGGCGGGUCUGGCGACGUUUCACCAAUAUAUCGCGCCUUCGUAUGCGUCUAUAUUGGACAAAACAGCGUACUUUAGUGUCUGGAGGCACUUUGCCCCAGUGGCGCCGGGGGUGUUGUGGCCCCAGUUGCUAGUCCAGUGGGACGGCCAACCGGACGUUGUGGGGUUAUGGAAAAACCUGGCGUUGCCUCUGCCUUCUACUUCUUCGUUGCUGGCGUCAUGGCAGGCGUCGUUUGCCAGCAACGCCACCAUCGAUGACGACGAAACGUUGAUCGUGUACGCGACCAUUUGGAAAAGCCAAUGGUUUGAUACGCGUGUGAUAGCGAUGCUGUUGGAGUCGUCUGCGACAUCGUCGUGGACGGAUGGUGACUUGGCCUUUUUCACGGCCUGUUGGGGGAAUUUGCAACCCGUCGUAUCCCCUGCGACAGUGCGCCAAGUGCUCACGUGGUGCCACCAACACCGGGCGACGCCCAAGGUAUGGACGUUGCUGGAAUCGUUGCUGCCGUUGCUCGUGGCAAUGGACAGCAACGACAUCUGGCUGGACGUGCUGGGUUUGGUUGAUGCUGUCGUGGCCAACAUUGCGUUUCACUCGGUGGCGAUGGCGCUGUGGAAGUCGACGAUUCGGCCGUCGUUUCAAACUGCGUGGUCGCCGACAUAUCAAUCGAUGCUCCUGGACACUUGGUUUGACCACCUCGUUCGAUUGUACGAGCCAGACAGUGUGUCCACCACACACCCGACAACUGGCUGCAGUGCCGGGCAGUGGGCCGUGCUGUGCGCAGAAUUGCUCGUGUUGGACGAAUCGAAACCGUACUGGGAUAAUCUCCCGUUGACAAACAUCACAACGUUUAAGCCAACAUAUCGGGUGCUGGAAAUCGUGGGUGAACUGUGUCACUGGAACCACGGCCACCUGCUGCACGACCCGACCGGAUACCUCCACACCCGGUCACCUGACCAAGUGUCCCAUUGGAUGUUUGUGGACGUUGCGUUCGCGUUGACUUGGUACACUGUGGACAUUGACCCGACCGUGCUUAGCCAACAUGUUGGCACGUGGAUCGAGCCGUACUUGGUGCUCACCGAGUUGCUGGAAGCGCUGGGCGACCGUCCAUUGUUAGUCGAAACGCUUGUCCACGUGGCAGCAGCAGCAGCGUCGCCCCACCACGUCCACUGGUUGCAAUCGAUUCUGUUGUCACAUGUCGACACGUCUGUAUCUGACGGGUGCUUAUCUGGUGUUCCGCACCAAUUCCAACGCUGGCUGUUUGAAAUCGGACUCGAUUACUUGUCUAGUGACUUGAUUGUAGCGUCGACACCGCGGCUCAUCGAGUGCAUUCCACGUGCGUUUCUGCAUGUAGCGUUGCCUCGGCUGGUGCAAUGUGCACUGGACCACAAUCUGUCUGAAGAUGAUGCAGAGGACAAGAACACGUGGACGACACUGACGAGUUUGCUGCACUCGUCGGUGACUUUGUGGACGAACAAUCCAACCACGGAACUCGAUGCGUUGGACCAGAUCACGCUCCUGCUGCCGCUUCUAACGACGACUUUGCAGCGCGACUCGCCCGAGUUGUCCACUUUGCAGGCCGAUUUGGUCGGGUUGGUUGGCACUCGGUUGAAAGCACCGUCGUCGGUCGUGUUGGUGGCUGAAUGGUUGGCCCUCGGUCGCUUUAUUCUGGCCAGUUUGCACCAAAAAUCAAUGAACGUGUCGACAGAGUUGAUUGCUGUGGCAAAGCUGCUUAUCGUGCACGCGUUCGCCGCCAAGCAAGACGUGUCGGAGCUAGUUGCUGUCAAAGUACACGCGACGGCUAUCGAGUCGAUCGAUGCGUUGCGCGACGUCCAUCCGCAGCUGCUCACGAGUCGGCAGUUGCUCGUGCAACUGGUGCAAGCGUUGGCUCGUCAUGGCCAAGACCAUUCAAGCAUCGAGCUCGCGCGGCCCCAUCGCGACGCGCUGACGCUGGUCUGCCUUCGCACGAUUGUCGACAGUUUGCACUUGAAGCCUCAGUUGCACGUUGCGUUUGCUUUGGCGGCCACUUGUACAGAAGCAACGGCGGCUGCCUCCAUGUGGUCGCUGGUCGAGCACACGUACUCCGUGGAGCAAGCGCUGACCACCAGUCUCAUGGGCCUCCAUGACGUGCUGGAGUUUGUCGAGCUGGACCCCGACCAAGUCGCCCGUGUGAUCUUGACGGUUGCGAAAGGCCGCGAUCUGCUCUGGCAUGCCCUCAGCGAGACGAUUACCCACCCGACGCUCCAAGCCGCGUUGUACCAACUCCUUCGUCUCACCAACCUCGCCGUGACCUUGCCCUCAGAGUUGGUGGAUGUGGACGGCGACGACGAAGCCGCCACCGACGCGAUGCUAGCUGAUCUGCUCAUCUCCCCCGGGCUAGCCCUCGCCCUCGCGACUUUGCAUUCGGCCGUUAAGGCGCCGCCUGCGCUCGGCCGCCUCUUGGUGUGGGACCUCUUCCUUCGCAUGUUCCCCGACAGCUCGAGUCCGCUCGUGACGUCGGCACUGGGUGCGUACGUGGCCAGACACAACCUGCUGAAUCCCGUGCUCAGUCUCUGUGGACCAUUCAUUCAGUCGUCCAAGGUCCAGCUCACGUCGGUGGAAGCGGUGGACGCGGCGUUCCCGACGCUGGCGACCCUUGGCGACCACACGUUUACGAACGAAUUUGUGGAGACGCUGGCAGGCGCCGUGUUUUACAAGACAGUGGUCAAACUUCCCACGAUGGUGCGGCUGUGGUGGAACGACGACUGCUCUCGAAGUGCGCGCACGUGGGUGUCUAAAUUUUGCGAAGAGACGGUGUCGCCCCUGAUGUUGCUCGAUGAAAUCCAAGCAAUCCACGCGGCUGUGGACAAGGAAUUAUGGGAUGCAGAGGAGAUGACCGUGCGAGGUAGCAAAGUAUCGCGGGAAAUCACGACGACAUACCUCAAGGAUGAAUGCACGUUGGAAAUGGUGAUCCGGGUGCCGUCGUCGUACCCGCUGCGCAGCGUCGAGGUGGAAUGCACCAAGCGCAUCGGAAUCUCCGAAGAACGGUGGCGCCGGUGGGUGCUCCAGAUUCUCAAAGUUACAACGUCGCAGGAUGGUUCACUUCUGGACGCUGUGAUGCUGUGGAAGUCCAACGUGGACAAGGAGUUUGACGGGGUUGAGCCGUGCCCGAUCUGCUUUUCGAUCCUGAACCCAAAGACCAUGGGCCUGCCCAACCUACAGUGUCGCACAUGCUCCAACAAGUAUCACAACUCGUGCUUGUACAAGUGGUUCAACCAGUCGAGCAAAAACAAGUGCCCGAUUUGCCAGCAGCCGUUUUGCUAGUGGGGACGACGACGACGCAAGAAAAGUCUAAUGUACUUGUUAAUAACACGACCAAAGCAACGAUUUGAG